GAAGGGGUAUUCGUCGGGGCUGGGGAAGAUACGGUGAGGACGCGGAGGAGGGAAGAAGGGGCGCGUGUGGGGAGUGGGUUACCCGGUGUAUCUGCGUGCCUUGGCUGGGCGGGCAGGGUGAGCGGGUGCGGGCAGAAGAGAGGAGGGGCAGACCGUGGAAGCACUCGGUCUCGUGGAGGAACCAGAGGAGCCAGCUGUGUGUGCCGAGCUGGGGGACGUGGUUGAAGGCGCCGGGCUGGUAUAUCUUGGGGUUGUGUGCGAACUGCGCGCGCUCGAUGAGGGAGAAGAUGAUGGUGUCCUCGAGGCGGGUGAGGAUGGAGCGGAUGCGGUCGAGGGAGAGCGGGUCCUCUGCGAGCAUGUAGUUGGCCUGCAUUGCGGAUGCGGGCGCGAGCGGGAGCGGGCGGGCGCACACACGGAAUUUGAAGGACGGCGCAUGCGAGCCGCGACACCCGCAGCGUCGUCGGCCGUGGCCCUUCGGCGCUAGUGGCCGUCGCCCCUUCCGUCGCCCCUCCCUCCGUCGCCUCGCCUGCCAGCAUGUCCUGCCCCCGCGCCGUCUUCCGCUGCUUCAGGGCCCUCGAGCGUUUCGGCGACCGCGUCACGGGCGCAGCGGGGCCCUACUUCGUCGCCUUUGCCGUCCUCCUCAUCGCCUCCGGCGCCCUCUCAUUUCUCGAGGUCGUCCUCCCAAACCUCCCCUGGCCCUGGCUCGCCACCCCGCCCUGCCUCCUCCUCGCCCUCAACCUCUUCGCCCACUACUACUACGUCUGCACCGUGCCCCCCGGCUUCGUCGACGCACCGCCCCCGCCACACCCUCGCGGCCUCCUCUGGGCACCCCGCCCCGACGCCGCCGACCCACCCCGCCAGCACCCAGACCGCGGCGUCAGGUGGUCCGCCAGCGCACCCCUGGUCGUCACCCCCGCCGCCGUCACCACCUGCCGCAAGUGCGGCCAGAAGAAGCCCGAGAGGACACACCAUUGUCGCAUAUGCAACCGCUGCGUCCUCAAGUACGAUCAUCACUGCCCGGUUCGGAUCAAUCAAUGCGUCGGCCUCUACAACGAGCGCCACUUCGUGCUCUUCAUGGCGUACCUCGUCCUCGCCACCUUCUUCUUCGCCAUCCUCGGCUUCCCCUACCUCCUCGACGCCCUCGGCCUCCGCUAUGACGACAACUGGGGCUACCGCACCCCCGCGGUCGUGUUCAUCAUGGCCUGGGUCCUCUCCGCCGUCAUGUGCCUCGCAGUCGGCACCAUGCUCGCCUGGCACCUCUGGAGCGUCGCCCAAGGCGAGACCUCCGUCGAGGGGCACGACCACGACGUGUACAGGCGCGUCGCGCGCGAGCGCGGCGAGACGUUCGUGAACUCGUACGAUCUGGGGAAACGCCAGAACCUGGCUUUGUUCCUGCACCUCGGGCCCAUGGGCUACCCCUGGUACACGCUUGUCCUCCCGCUGCGCACGCUGCCGUACACCGACGGGCGCGCGUGGGCGCGCAAGCCUGGGCACGAGCGGCAUCGUGGGGUGCGCGCGGGGGAGGAGCUCACGGACGAGGAGGACGACGAGUGA